AUGGCCUUCGACUCAAACAAAGAACAAGUAGAGGAGCUUAUGGAUGAUCUGAUUGAUCAGGUAAGCGAUGAAUACAAACAUGAUGUAGUGCCAACAGUAGAUAAUUGGUCGGUCAAAUGGCCAACCUGGACAAACGCUGGACCGGGACACAAGUUGACCUGGGAAUCGGACGAACAAGAAAUGCUACACUAUAGACAGCUACUGGGCCAAUACGGCUACACUGUUGGCAAAUUUAUUGCUGACCGCAGGGGACAUCACGAUCACCAGUUGAUUUUGGUAACCAAACCGGUAAACUAUGCGUGCAAAGUGGUGUCAAUGGGUUUCUAUAGACGGAAAUACAAAAACAUAGAUCAGUCGGUAGUGGCCUUUCGUAGAGAAUCGGAUAUACUGUUGCGUAUGAAUCACCCGAAUAUCAUCCAAACGAUAGACCACAUAGAGUUGAGUGACCGUCAAACAGGUUUUCCGUACAAUUAUGCGGCACUUGUUUUGGAGCUAAUGGACGGUACGGUUACCGAACUGAGACUAACGCUUAGCGAUAGAAGAAUACCUGAAUGGUUGUGCCGUAUUUUGGCCAGAGAUGUGCUACUGGCGCUCGAUUAUAUGCACAAUACAGGGCCAGGCAAACCAUUUACGGUUGUCCAUAUGGCUAUUGCAUCCAGAAACAUAUUGUAUCGAGUGGUACAUAGCGGUGCUCUAAUAUCCUAUUUGUUUAAAUUGGCCGAUUUCGAGGAAUGCUGUAUCUAUGAGGGAAAUGAACAACAAUUGAUGCCCGAAUCCAAAUUGGAAAAACCAUAUGUGACUAACUAUAGUCCACCCGAACUAGAAGAUGGACAGAUAGACAGAUUACGUCAAAUGUUGACACCGCCAAUGGAUAUCUAUAGUUUGGGUAGUAUUGUAUACAGUUUGUUUGCUCAUCGCAUUUAUAGUACUAAAAAUUAUCACAACACCUUUACCAAUCGUAACGAACCACCGAUGGGUAACUUUAUCUAUUCGCUGACCCGUACACAUCAGGACCAUAGACUAACAGCACGAGAGGCACUUCAACACCAAUGGCUCCAACAAUAA